AUGCAAAGAUUUAUUUUCAAUGAAUAUUUGGCCAAAUCGAAUGAAUAUGAAAUUCUGAUUUCUGAAGAUGUUUUGCCAAUGUAUUUCGAAAGACUAUUGAACGACUGGUCAAACCGAGAAGUAGUUAACGUAUUCUCCAGUAAGAACUUUAUUGAUGAAAGUUUUCAAGGAACACUCAUUCGUUACAUUAAUGAUCAAAGCAGUAAAAGUAAAAAAGAACAUCUUGCAAAUGUUAUUGCCAUUGAAUUGAAAGAAACACCAUUGACAAUGUCCUGUAGUAAAGGUUACACAAAAAUUGUCAGUUGGUUAAUAAACAACGAUGCUGAUGUAAAUGAAUGUCGAUAUGAUGGUGCAUCACCUAUUUUAUUGGCUUGUAAAGAAGGUAAUGUAGAUGUUGUCACUGAGUUACUAAAUGCAGGAGCAUAUAUAUACUUGGACGAUACAGAUGGCAAAACUCCUCUGCAUGUUGCUUGUCAAUUUAAUCAUAAUGCCAUCGUUCAACUUUUAUUGGAUAUCGACAAGAAUCCAGAUUAUGUCUCAGAUGAAGGAAUCACACCUCUAAUGAUUUCUUCCGAAAAAGGCAAUACAGUUGUCGUGUCUUUCUUGCUGGACAAGUUUGCUGAUGUAAAUUUUUGCACCCGUAGUGGAGUAUCUGCAUUAUUUUUGGCAUGCGAGAAGGGACACGCGGAUGUAGUCAAACUUCUGCUCGAUGAAGGUGCAGAUGUUAAUUUAUGUAUUAAAGAUGGGUCGUCCCCACUUUAUAUUGCGUGUCAAAACGGUCAUUUAACAACAGUGAAUACUUUAUUAAACGAAAAAAUAGAUACAAAUAAAAGAAGUUAUUCAGGCGCAACACCGUUACUUAUAGCCUGUCAAGAAGGAUAUGCUGGAAUAGUUGAAAAACUUAUCAAGCAUGAUGCAGAUGUCAAUCUAUUCCGGAAUGUAUCGCCCCUUUUUACGGCAUGUGAACAUGGACAUUUAGAAGUUGUCAAAAUGCUUCUUACAACUGACAUUAACGUCAAUAAGUGUAAUUAUAAAACAUUAUCACCAUUAUAUAUUUCCUGUCAACAAGGAAACACAAAAAUUGUUGCCGAAUUAUUAAAGAAAAAUGCAGACAUAAACAUGUGCACAGCAGAAGGAAAAUCGCCCCUGUUUAUUGCUUGUCAAGAAAAUCAAUCGGAGGUAGUAUGUCUUCUACUGUCUAUGAAAGAAAAUAUUGACAUAAAUAAAUGCACACUUGACCAUCGCAGUCCUUUGUUUGAAGCAUGUUCAAAAGGACACUUAGAAAUAGUAACAUUGUUGCUCGACACGGGAGCUGAUAUAAACAUUCUAAAUGAUAUAGGGCAAUCUGCGUUGUAUGUUGCCCUUGAAAAUAAACGGAAUAGUAUAGUUCAAUUAUUCAUAGAGAGAAAAAAAAAAUCAGCGGUGCAGAAUAAAUAA